AUGAAAUUAACUUUUAUUUUACAUGAGGAGAUAUUGAAUUAUAUAUUCCAAAGUUCGCAUAUCCCAAUUAAGAAUUGGGUUGGUGUGAACAACAGAAAUCUAUAUUUCCCACUGACUUGGAAACUCACGCUAGCGUUGGUAUGUAAGAGAUGGUCGGUGGUUGUAGAUCGUCUCUAUUUCAAGUACACUUCAUAUUUGGAUGUUCAUUUUGGUAGUACUGAUUUCAUGGUGUCUACUCUCAACCACGUGAGAAACACCGGAAUGAAAUACCACCCGGCCAACGAAGGUGAAGGACAGCUGCAUUUCUAUGAUAUCGAAAUUCCAUAUCCUACCAACUGUAUAGUCUCUUUUAAGAUGACCAUCACCACUGAUAUAGCUGACCAGAUUGCAAUCUACAACCGCCAAGUCGAUCGUCUAAUAGAGUUGCUCGAUUCCGAGUCUCUAGAGAAUAUCAACUCACUGUAUAUCUUUAAUUUCCCAGAAGAGUAUCCAGCCAACACUUUAUAUCGGGUAUAUUCCAUCCAGAGUCUUGCCAAGUCACUUAGAUUCGAUUUCGCUGAUGAUAUGAAAACAAAUGAAUCCACAAUUCGAUCUCUAAAUGAGACGUUGGCGACCAAUAACAAGAUCACCAGUUUCAAGAUAACUUACUUUGAGGAUUUCCCAUUGCCACUCACCAUCAAUAUUGGAUCGAUCAAAAAGUUGGCAAUGCAAACAUUCAACAAUCUAGAUGCUGGACAUCUCGAGAAACAAUCAGAGCAUUCAGCAGUGGAGUGGUUAGAUUUGAAAUACAAUUUCAAAGCAAUGCUCAAUCUUCCUAUUUUCACCAACAAUUUAAUAUUCAAGAAUAUCAGAUUCCUCUCUAUCACUGAGAAUAGUAUGGAUGACUUUUCAUUCCUUGGUUCUCAAUAUUGCAACGUUGAAAUAUUAAAACUGUAUACAAUCAAGAAGAUCAUGCCAAGUUGCAACAUUCAGUCGCUAUUUAGCAACCUAGCAUCUAAUAAAUCAGUUCACACCUUCUCAUUGGACUAUCAAAUCUCAGACUGCCCAGAGAUAAAGAUGUUUGUUAAGUCCAACAAGAACAUCAGAAUAAUCAGAGUCAAUAAGUUGUGUUGUAGUACAUUGGUAGAUUUACUCAAUCGAUCAAAAGAUUAUAGUCUAUAUAGAGUUGUAAAACACUUCCAUACUUUUUGUAGAAAUGUAGAAUAA